AUGAGCCCAAUCGUUCAGUUGGUCCUCCAUGUGAAAAAAGCCCGCGCUGCCAUCAACAGCAUCAACAGGGGGAGGAAAUCAGAUAACAAGAAAAAUAACCCGUUUAAGCACAAUCCCUUCUCAUCGUCGGUCUCUUCGACAUCGGUUGUCAAUAAACUUAAUCCGGUGCCGACGUCUUCGCUGUGGGACAUCCUCCCUGUUGAGAUUCAAGUAAAGGUAUUCGCCCACUGCGGUAUCACGGACCUCUUACCAUUGAAACUCGUCUGCAAAGCCUUCUAUGAGCUUCUCACCACGCAUGAGCAUGCCAUCACUCGGCAGUAUCUCCGCCAGCGCCGUCAUGGGACCCUUCCUUCUCCAAUAGAUGGUGAAAAGACAUAUACACGUCACCCAGAGGAUGACGUAGUGCUACUGUCGGAUCUUUUUCCGCCCACAAAGAGCGCGAAGGGUGGCCAUAUAUAUACUUUUAGAUAUGUGUACAGUUUACGGCGGCGGCAGAAACUCUGCUCCAAGCUAUGCUAUUACAUCGCAGACCGCGUUAUGGAUCGGUUCACUUGCAGUGAACCGGCAUUCAUGAAGUCUAUGUUCCCCUCCAGAAACGAGCGCAAUGAUUUCGUGAAACGAGCGACUGCGAGGAUAUGGUUCUAUCUUACACCGCUUAUACGGGAACAUACCAACGUUCUUCUGCGCGAUUUCGAAGCUGGACGACUGCCCGUUCCCAUUCCUCCUGAUGUCCGCAAGUCUAUGUAUCGAAGCUUGCAAGUCAAGAUACUACGGUCUCCCCCUUUCACAAAUACCGCCACUCUCAUCGCUACACAUCACUGCAUGCAACUCCUUGUUUCAUACCUUCAAUAUACAGUACCUCCAGAUGAGCCUGGUACAUCAGAUGACAGUUGGAUUAGCUCGUUGCUUACGGUCUCGCCGUUUAUCCGUCUUGUGGAGUAUUUCUCUGCUGAGAUCGGUGACGGCGGGAACCAACGAAUGCAGCGGAAAGAUUUCAUGCACAACUUCCACAAUGAUAUUACGUCGAACGAAAAGGACGAUAUGAAUUCAUUGGUUUUCGAAAGGGCACCGAAUAAUCAUAUGCAUAGCUCUGUACAGGACGUCUGGUUUGAGGUUGCUCGUCAGGAGCUGGCGUCAAGGAGGGCCAUGCAGCAUCGUGCAGAGCAUAUCUUGAUCCGGGAUAAUCUACCAGUACUACUUGGCUGUCAGGAUUGUCGAGAUUCAAUGGGAUACCGUGCAUGA